UGUAUAAAAAGGUUCCCAGUAACUUGUUGGGCAAAAUAUCUCCAAAAACAGAAAAUGAAGCAAGCGCUAACCUUAGCCAUCGUCCUGUUGGUCUGUCCACUCGUCUUUUCAAAGAGCCAAGAGGUCUUCCAUCCAAGUUGUAGUUGGGUGACACACAAGAUGACAUUCUAUAAGGAAAUCCAGGGCCACAAUUGCUCGAGCGAACCAAUCGACGUGUUCAAGUGUACAGGGAUGUGUGCCUCUAAUAUCAACCCGAGGGUGAUCGACCGCAAGCCUCCUCCUGACCAGACCAGCUAUAAGCAUCUCUUUUCCCAAAACUGCCAAUGCUGUCAGCCUGACCAAGACAACUACAUUCAAAAUAAGUCCAUUCUUUAUUACUGUGUCCUCCCAAAUGGCGAGAAGUACUCAACUCCGGCGAUGACAAUGAUUGCAAACCCGACCAAAUGUGCAUGCCAACCUUGUUAAACGGACGGACGGAGGGGGACAGCGGUAUGUGGGUUGUCGUGGUAACAGAGUACAAUCUCGUCUCUUAUUCCAUAUAAUAAACUUGUAAUUUAAUAAGUAAAUAUUAAUUAUUAUUUGUUGUAAUAAUAAUCAUUAUAUUAUAGUUGACGUGUUUAUUUUCUUCUUUCUCUCUUUAAAUUUUGUUGACAAUUUUCUCUUCUCCAAAAAAAAUAACUUUUUAAAUUGUUUUUGUGUCAUUCAAACCUCAUUUCUCUCCCAA